AUGGUAGCGGCCCCACAGAUGGUGGCCUUGUUACAGCCGCGCCACGCCUGCCGCGUGUGCCACAAACACUUCCCGACGCCGUCCAAGCUGCUCACACACGAGCACAGCCACAACGGCGAGCGACCACACCAGUGUCGCGUCUGCGAUCGCCGCUACCUCUCCGCCCAGAAGCUGCACGUGCACGCGCGUACGCACACGGGCGAGCGCCCCUUCGUGUGCCACAUGUGCGGCCGUGCGUUCGCCGCCGCCGCGUACCUGGCGCAGCACGAGCGCACGCACACGGGCCACCGGCCGCACCAGUGUCACGUGUGUGGUAAACAGUUCACGCAACGCGGCACCAUGACGAAACACGUGCGCAAAGUGCACGUGGCGGCGGGGGUUCGCCACGCGCCGGAGCCGACGUGA